UGACAUCAGCAUUUACCUAGGGACAACGAGGGAUCUGAUUUUUCUUCUCUCGUUAUCAUGAGACCGCGUACUCUCUUCCAUAUGCCGGUCGAACCGUCAAUAGGGGUAACCUCAAUAUGACCUACGAUUGGCUAAUCGAGCUUCGGAUUUGGGUCCGAAAGACCCGUAUGUUUGUAUUAGGAUACCAAUGGCUCCCAAGCCAAGCCAUCCCCCAAAGUGAUCCUUGAUCGAUACUCGAAAACAUGGGCGUGCUAUAUCUAGGCGAUGGACCAAUCACAGACCUAGAUGACUUGCAACUCGAAUAUCACUGAAUUUUGGAGAACAACUACAUUUAGACAGUACAUCCACUGUUUACGCCAUCUUGCAUGUCCAGUUGUAGUAUGGCUUGCAUCAACCCUUGACAAGAAAUAUCGAAACUUUUACGGGUUACCUCAAAUAGAGCUUUCUAGGCGACAUUGUACGUUGAAUUCUUCCGAUUAAUCCUUAUUUCUGUCGUCUGCCCCAAUUUUUACAUUCUCUAGUCUUCCACACAUCUCUAUCAGAUACAUACCAAGUAAUCGAUUCCACACAAGCAGAAACAAGUACUUAUCCAGGAUGAAUCAUCCAUCCGACUCAUGUAUCCAUCCAGGUCUUUUAACUCAAGCCCCAGACGACAAGUCCAUCUAUUGUACGCUCGAACCACAUUUCCAGCCACAACCAUUGCCAAUGGAGUUUACAGACAGCUCGUUAGAGUACCACCAAGCGGCCAAUAAUGUCAAUCCGUAUGAUGGCCAAGGUAGCCUUGCAGAUCCCGAUAUAUCAAGAUACAUGACUCUCCUGGGAGAUCUCCACUUCCAACAAUCCUCCCCAAUACAUGAAUACCGGAACGAUGAAUCCCAGAAACCAGCGGGGGGCGGCAGCAAGAACCAUCACGAGAACGGAAUGCCAUCCUUAAAACAGGAAGACAUCACCAUGAUGACACACAGUCGGCGAUCAUCGCGAUCCAGCAACAAGCUCACAGGCGACGAGUCAUCUCUCGAAAAGCGCGAGCGCAACCGCAAAGCGGCCAACAAAUGUCGGAGGAAGCAGAAACAGGCGAACAAGGAGCUGAAGGAAAAAGCACAGAUCAUGGACGAGCAGCACAAUUCCCUAGCCUCGCACAAGGCUCUCCUAGAGUCCGAGGUGAUCGAACUCAAGAACGAACUCCUUAUCCACGCAGCCUGCGGCUGCGAACCUAUCAGCAACUACCUCAUGCAGGCAGCCAAGAAUUACGCGAUGGGUGGUGUGGGGGAGGCUCAGAGCGCGGAAAAACAAACGUCGACUGCGGGUCGCUAGAUGUGGGUUAUAGGAGGUUUGGGGGUGGCGUUUAAGAUGGAUGAAUUAUGACUGUCAUGAAUUGAUACCUGGUUAUGUACGGCUUCCGUUUUAUAAAGAUAUUAUUGCUAGAUUAUAGGUUUCUUGUUAUAGUUAAUUACUACUAGGGACUCAGUACCUAGAUUACCUAGUAUUUUAGGGUUAAUGCGUA